AUGCAAGAACUUGAAAAAGGGAAAGCAUCCCUUGGAACGACUAAAAAGGGCAUCGGGCCAACGUAUUCUUCUAAAGCAACCAGGAAUGGACUUCGGGUAGCCGAUUUGCUCGGGAAUUUUGCGUUAUUUUCCGAAAAGUUUCGUGGCCUUGUUCAAAUGUACCAAAGAAUGUUUCCGGAAUUGGAAGUGAACGUGGAAGAAGAAUUACUUAGGUAUAAAAAUUUUGCCCAAGGUAUUCGACCCUACGUCACGGAAACAGUUAGUUAUUUACAUAAUGCUUUAAAAUCUGGGAAAAGAGUUUUAGUCGAGGGAGCCAAUGCAGCCAUGUUAGACAUCGAUUUUGAUUUAAUCACAAAUUUUAUCAACACUAAUAAUUUAUCAGGUGAGUUUUUACAAACGAAAGGAGGUGAAAUCGGCGUGACGACGAAGAGAAAAAGAAGGUGCGGUUGGUUGGAUUUAGUUUUGUUAAAAUUUACCACGAUGGUCAACGGGUACACGGCGUUAUGCGUUACCAAAUUGGAUAUAUUAGACGGUUUACGAGAGAUAAAAUUAGCCGUCUCUUACAAGAUAAAUGGAAAAGAAUUGAAUCAUUUUCCAUCAAGUGCCGAAGAAUUAUCGCGAGUCGAGGUGGAAUACAUAACCGUACCUGGUUGGCAAUCUUCAACGGAAGAAAUUAAAAAAUUUGAAAAUUUACCGAUAAACGCACAAAAAUAUGUUGAAAAAAUAGAAGAAAUUGUUAACGUCAAAGAGAAAAAAAAAGUACCAAAUGCUUGUCCGUAG